CAUUGUUCAAAACAAUCUCUUUUCCACACUCGCUGCCAAAGCUUUCCUGCUUUCCCCGGCUCCGCACGCUCCAGUAUAUUUAGCUGCCUCUAGCCUGCUACCUUUCCUUAUAUAGCAGAGGCCAAACGAAUUUCUCACUCUCAUUAUUAAUAGCCUGCGAGGAGUUCUGAGGAGGCUGCCAAAAAUAGCAGGCAAACACUGCGCGGCCGGCCGGGGAGCGGGGCAUUAGUGCUGAGGGACGGGAGUGAAGGGCCCUGCCAAGGAAGUGCAUUCUGCCGGGGGGAGGCCUUGGGGGGGACUCCUUGUUUUUCUCCUUUUCCAGCUGGUCACUAGAACAAGGUGUCGUGUGUCCCCCACUCGCUGACCUCCCCGAUACUCCACCUCGCGCCUCCGGGUGGCUGCAAAGCCUCCUCUUGCGUCUGGGACGUUCUGCAGCUCGGAGGAGCCAGGCUCAGAGCCCAGAGGAUGCUGCUGCCGAAGGGACCCGGUGGAGGGAGAGCUGGGAGGAACUUCUCAAGCUGAACUGCGAGGAUGCUGCAUGCUCCUCGGGAACAGAAUGCAGACAAGCUGAAGGAGUUCUGUGGCAAAGUCAAGAUGAGCAGGCAAGUGCCGGGAACUGGCAGGCGACACCACCGCUCCCGGGUGCCGGCGCUCCAGCCCCAGACAGAAGUGGAAUCACCUUCAGGACAGGAGAACACUCGAGAGGCUGAGUGAGUGGGGCCAUGGUGCUCUCGCCCCAGCUGUAAGAGGAUCCCACAGUGCAUUGGAACCGAAGCCUCAAGUCAUCCCUGAGAGGGUCCAGAACCGGCCUCCCAGGGCAGGAGCUGGAGCAAGGGGGAACUGGGAGCAGCUGCCUCGAAGUCUCCAGAAGCCGGGGCUCGUCCAGUCCAGGAGGAUCACUGGAAGCAGCCUUGAGAUGGUGGUCCUCGAUCCUCAGCUGCCAGUUCUGGUUUCUGAUCCAGAGAUGGAGGCCAAGGCGAGUGAAUCACCAUGUGCGGAACUGGCACCUGUUGCUUUGGCCCUGCCUUGGCACGAGACGGGAUCACCUCCAGCUGGAGAGCCUUCCCAGGAGGCAGAGUUCCUGUCUGAGCAGGUCCUGGACCAAGAGGAACAGGCUGAGACGGACAUAGAGGAGGAACCAGAAUCAGAACCAGAGCCCAAAUCCAGGAGCAAAGCAAUGAAAGCAGCAAUUGGAGCAGGUGUCGGAAUAGGAGCUGUGGUCAUUGGAGCCCCAGUAGCAAUCUGGGCAGCAGGCUUUACUGGAGCAGGCAUUGCAGCUGGGUCGAUAGCUGCCAAGAUGAUGUCAGCAGCUGCCAUAGCCAAUGGAGGAGGGGUGGCCGCUGGGAGUCUUGUGGCAACACUGCAAUCAGCGGGUGCUGUAGGACUCUCGCUAGGUGCUAAAGUUGGGCUGAGCACUGCACUGGGAUCUGUUGGUGCAGCUGUUGGUUCCUGGUUCUCUAAGGAUAACUGAAAGCUAUGCAAGCCCUGCCGGCAUCAGAAGUAAACACUGACCAGUCCUGAAAACCCUUAAGCUGCAAAGCAGGACCAAAGCAUCAAGCUAUGUGAUAUGGGGUGGCAAUUACUUCCUUGUUGCCUGGGAAAAGCUACUGCAAACGUGUCGCUUGUUCUGCCUUCUCUUUAACAGCCUGCCAAGAUCAAAUCAGUCUGAGUGCCUGAAAACUGCUCCCAGCCCCUGUUAGACUGGCUGAGCCGGAAGUCUCCAGCUUCUUGAGCAUUGGCAUGAGAGAUGAGAAGCACUAGCCCUGAUUCGCAGGUAGAAGUUAGUUCUGUGAUGUAAACCGCCUUUGUCAGACGUGUUCAUCGUGGCUGAUGUGAGAAACCUUCCUCUGAAGCACAAACUGUUGCCUAGCUCAUGCAGCCGUCCAACGUGGCAAUAGCAACGUUAUAGUUGCAGUUAGUUGUGGCUGCAGACUGAACUAUGUGGAAGUGGCUCCUUGCACCCGGGGACCUAGUGUGAAUAUUCAGCCACUGCAGCUUGCUUCAUUUUCGCUUUAUUCCCACUAGUCCAACAGCCCCACGCCGCAAUGGGAGAAGGAGCUAGAUUCCAUCUCCACCUUGUGCAUCGUCCACAGACUUGCUUACUGCGGUCCAACCAGUUGCCUCUAGGAAACCCGUUGAAGAUGGAUGGGCUGCAUAGGUGUCACUGGGGGCAGCACGCCACCUGUGGCAGCAGUUGCUGGUGAGGAUGCAGAAGGAAUCCCAGCCGAAGCAAGUGAGGUGCAAUUGCUCCAGGGCUGGUGGGUGUGGAAGAAGCGCCAGGCUCAGCCUCUCGAUGCUAGUGCCAGGCCUUCAGUUGGCUUUACUGCCCACUAUCCAGUGAGGUUUAGCUUCAGUUCAGAUCCCAAUGGACAGUUCCCUGCAUCCUGCAACCUCAUUUAACUGGCUCCUAUCCCUACCCUUUGGGGGUAGCUGGAGCAGAGAAACAAAGGACUGAACAGACCUCGGACUGCGCUUCCCUCUCCCUCCAGCCCAGGCAUGUUGGCAGAGGGUCUGCUGUGUGAGGACAGCUUCCAAGCCAGGGCUGCCAAGCCACUAACCUGCCUUUUUACAAAAGGCCCCUUCUCCUGUCAGGGGAAGAGAAAAGGGGCUGGGGCGGGCGACUGUUCAGGGAGACUCAGGAAAGUUUCCGUUUUAAUUCUGCUCCGUUUCUCUUGAGGAUCACCACGAGGCCGGGAGGAGUCACGCCAACAGCCCACAGAAUAAUCUUUUAAAAAGUGUUUUGGGCCCUUGGUCAUCCACCAGGAAGCAGCAAAAAUAAAUAAAGUGGCAGAACCCGAGUGGCAUGUUUGCUCUGCGCCUCCUCUGGAUAACCUUUGUCAGGCAGGCAGACCCAGGAGCAGGACUGGAAACUUUUCAACAAAUUAUUUUUCAUUUUGCACACGGACUGUACCAUCUGGCUCUGAAUCGCAGGGGCUAGGAUUUGGAGGGGGGACAGGGUGGGGGGAGUUGAGCACACUUUGCUCACAAGUGAAUCCUCCCUAAUCCUGUGUUUAACGGGGAGCGAGGGGACCCUGGCAUUGUCCCUGCCUUUGGGGUGGGCUGCUUGUCCUGCGCUCUAGACACUCACCCAAAAGCUGGUUCACUGUAGAUAGCUGGGUCCAGCGCUCCCUAUAUAUAGCGACGUCCCUCGGAGGGGGCACCAAGCUUCUGCCCCAAGGCUGACGGCUAACGAUACCCAGGUGACAGACUCAGAGCCACACGCAGCAAACAUGCUUGACACUCUUACUACUCUGGCUGGAGCAGGCGUUGCAGCAGGUGUGGCAUUCGUUGGCAUCCCGGUAGUAGUCGGGGUAGCCGGCUUUACUGGAGCAGGCAUUGCAGCUGGGACACUUGCUGCCAACAUGAUGUCAGCAGCGGCCGUAGCCAAUGGAGGAGGGGUAGCCGCUGGCAGUGUUGUGGCAGUGCUGCAGUCCAUUGGUGCCGCAGGCCUCCCUGCAGCUGCCAACGCUGCGAUAGUAGGUGCUGGGGCGGCAGUCGGUGCCUUACUCUGAAAGCUACAACUGCUCUUUUACCCUCUGGGAGACACGCUGAUUCGUCUGCUGCAGUUUCUCAAUUGGAAUCAGGCUAAUGCAACAAGUAGCAAGUUAGAGAAAUGGCUUUGUAGUUGAAUGCAAAAGCAAGUGGCCUGUAGAAACAGUUCCCACACAUCUGUUGCUUGUUCUAACUUCUCAACAACAGACGUCGAGUUCUGUUGGGAUUCUGGCUGAAUUAUUGCUGUAGGCUGAAAUGUGACAAAUCAAUAAACUUUUGCAAAUUUAAAU